AUGCCCAAGUACAGAGACGAGCCUCCCGCGGUCCGCGUUUACACAGUUUGCGAUGAGUCCAAAUACCUAAUUGUGAGGAAUGUUCCCUCACUGGGUUGUGGCGAUGAGCUCUUGAAGCUUUUCUCCACUUAUGGCAAAGUUGACGAAUGUAAGCCGAUGGAUGCUGAAGACUGUGAGGCCUACACUGAUGUUUACUGGAUCAAGUUCCAUCAGGUCAACAAUUCCAGAUUUGCCAAAAGGAAGUUAGACGAGUCUGUUUUUCUAGGAAACAGACUAAGAGUAUCAUACGCGCCUGAAUAUGAGAGCUUAUCCGAUACAAAAGAGAAGCUAGAAGGGCGGAGGAAGGAAGUUGUAGCACGACUAAACUCUAAAAGAUAUAAAGGAGGUCCAUCAGAUUACACUCCUUCAGUUUCCACUCAUUUGCCCAAGGAUGCAUGUGCUCUAUCACGUUCCUUAGUUUCAAGGCAGUCGAGUGAGUCACAAGCUGCUGCAAGUGGAAAUACACCCUCUGACCUAUCUGCUUCCUCUUAUAAGGAAUAUUUCCCCUCCGAAUCUAUGAAUCGAACGGUUCAUUUGGUGAGGGAGAAACUGAAUAAGAUACAAUCAAGUUCAGAUCAUACAGAAGCUGGUUCUUCCAAAAGGACGCGCGUCGACAAUAGAAGAAGAAUUUAA